AAACUUGCAAUUUAGCCUCCCCGCUAUAGAUACCUUUCGUUCUUUCUUUUUAACAGCGUUGAUGUGGGAUUUGCUUUCGCUGGGGCAUCGUCGAUGCUUCAAUUUUUAAUUUAGGAGAGGCUUAACAGGUGAGCUUUUGAUUUUGAAUUAAUAAUCCGCUUCCAUGCUAAAACAGAUGCAGAAUCUUUUGUAAUCUUGGAAUUUUGGGAAGAAUCAGAUGUCGGAGGCCGAGGAGGAUGCAAUUGGCGGUGCCUGUGAAUGCGAAGAGAAUGAGAUUUUAGUGGGAUCCGAAGGAGCAAGCCACGAAAAUUGAAAUGGAUCAUCCGUUCCGAGAUGUUGAUGCCUCUUAUUUGCCGCCUUUCAGUGACGACAUCGCCCUUCUUAUCUUGGCGAGGCUUCCGAGCUCAAAGUACUGUGAUCUUCGCUUAGUGAACCGGCGCUUCCGUUCUCUAAUAAGAAGCGGUGAGCUCAAUGAGAUCCGAAAGAAGAUUGGGCUUAAGGUGCCAAAAAUUUUCUUACAUUCAGGAGAAGCCCGCUAUCAGUGUUAUGAACCAUAUACCAGGUCCUGUUGGGACCUCCCUGUAUGUCCAUACGACGAAACCACUCCAUAUCGUGCCAGGGAAUUGUUCUGCUUGGGAACACAUCUUCUUCUGUUGGGAAUAAUCAAUGGGGACUGUGGUCUUUGUGGUCUUCAGAGUGACUCAGAUAUUUGGAGGUACGAAUUGGAGUUAAACCGGUGGUUCAACAGUCCUAUGAUGAUCACACCAAGAUUUGUUUUCGCAUCUGCAGACUGUGGUAGUGUGGCUUGUGUCGCUGGAGGGGAACAACAAGGUAGUGAGGAGGUUCUGAAUAGCGCCGAAAAGUAUAAUCCUGAGAGCAAGUCAUGGGAGUCGCUCCCCAGUAUGAACAGACGAAGGUGUUUUUGCUCAGGAUUAUAUAUGGAUAGUAAGUUUUAUGUUAUCGGUGGCAUAAAUGAGAAUCGUGAUUUACUUACUUGCGGAGAAUGUUAUGAUUUUGAGCGGAAUGUGUGGGAACUUAUUCCUAAUAUGAUAGAAGAUGAUCCAUCUAGGACCGUUCUCUCCUCUCAACCCCAAGAUUUCGUGGCAGUUGUAAACAAUGAGUUGUAUUAUCUUGACGUCCCUUCUCGCCAUCUCAAGGUGUACUUGAAAAACAACAGCACAUGGAAGAUAGUCGGUAGGGCGCCAGCAAGCAUAGAACUCUUCGAGGGUUGGGGAGUGAAAUUGAAGUCCUUGGGGGACGAGUUAGUUUUAAUCUGUAGAACGCUGCGCAAGCACCCUACUUUAGAUAUCCUUAUGUGCUUCUGCACGCCUAGUCCGGAAUUAGAUAAUGUAGAAUGGCGUGUCCUUGAGUUCGAUCGUCAAGGGCGGAACCUGUUCAUUCAUAAUUGUUGUGUAAUGAUGGCUUGAUCUGACAACUAAAGCAGAACGGGGGCAAGCAAAUCACACAACUAGUAAUGACAAUGUUAGCAGUUAAGUAAUGACAAUGUUAGCAUUUAUUUUGGUUGGGUAUUUUCUAGCAUGUAGAUGUUGCUUGUUGAUUUUCUCCUAGUUGUGUUUCCAUGGCAGAACAAUGUGUUGCUUUUAUGUACUAGUUAAUGUUGCUCAUUUUGAUUAACAGGAAGUUAAAUAUAAAUUUAAUGAACUUUGUUA